CUUUGAUACUGUCUUUAGGACGGUCCACACGUCCCAGAUUUCAACAGUAGGUAAGCUGCACGCCAUCGACGAUGUACGGACUUGUUGCUCUCUUGGUUGUGAUCGGUGCUGCUAUUGCACAGGUGCCUCAGCCCUGCAAUUCCCCUCCUCAAUGGGAAUGUAGAGAAAUAAAGGUAGACCCUCAGCAGAAAUUCUUGGAGCGCCGUCGUCUUGUCUACGAUGCUACAAACAGACGAGAAAGGAGGUUAGAAGAAAUCGAAAUUGGAUCUGACAAGAGCUAUUAUGAUCAACUUAUUCUAUGGAACGAGAACAAAAUGUAUCAAGUGGACCUCAAGACAAGGAAAUGUAACGUAACUGUUCCAUACCGACCAUUUUUUCAACGUGGAACUUUCCCGGGAGAGAAGUUCGAUUACGAGGGCGUGAUUGGAGGAGCUGGCCUUCCUAACGAACACGUGACCAUUCAGCAGUUCUCAAUGAAUACCACUGGUGAAUACCGUGCUUCUAUCGUGUCGUCUCCUGACUGUGUUCCUAUCACAAACAUCCACAUCACUACCAAAUAUGGGUUUGAGCAAUCUAAUUAUUAUGACAUAAGUGUCGGAAUAACCGAUCCAAUGGCGUUUAUACCACCCAAAGAGUGCAACAGCUCGUAAAGACAUACACAGUUUUAUACUUUUUACAAUAAAAUUUCAUAAAUGUUUA